UAUAAGGCCCGGUGGAACAGCAUUUCGUUAGAUAACUUCGACACUUCAGUCGGCAAUCAUCUACCUUCGAAAAACAACAAUUUUAAAACCUUCAAUAACCAUGCAGACCAUUGUCGCUUUCACCGCCCUCCUGGCUUGCGCCGCCGCCGCCCCCGGCCUCCUGGUUGCCCACCAGCCCGCCGUCGUGGCCGUGCACACCCCGGUCGUCCACGCUGUCCCAGUAGUGGGCUCCAAGACCACCAUCACCAAGUCCAGCCAGGUCGUGAACCAUGGCUCCCCCGUGCACGCCGUACACGCCGUCCACACCCCGGUGGUUGCUGCUUCCCCUGUGGUUGUUAAGACCGUUCACGCCGCUCCCGUGGUCCACGCCGUGCACGCCGCCCCCGUGGUGCACACCGUCCACGCCGCCCCCGUCGUACACGCCGUCCACGCCGCCCCCGUCGUUCACGCCGCUCCCCUCAUCGUGAAGACCGCUCCCUCCGCCGUGACCCACUCCUCCAGCUCCGUCGUCCACCACGGUCAUGUCGUCAAGUCCGUCCCCCUCAUCGCUGUCCACCACUAA